AUGGCGAAAGUUGAAGAAGAAAUCAAAUGCAAGCAUCUAUUAUACUGGUCGGGAAAACGAGGAAUCGAACUUUUAAACAGCUGGGGCAUGUCCGCGGAUGGGCAAAAAAAGCUGGAAAAUUAUUGGAUGAGAUUCGAAAAUUUUGUCAAGCCACACUCCAAUGAGUUAAUAGCAAUGUAGGAGCUUCACAACCACCGACAAGGUACCCUCUCUCCGGAAGAAUUUAUGGCGAAAUUGAGAAUCCCUGCGAAGGAAGCCUACUAUCCGAUACAGCACAAUGAUCGAUUCAUGAGGGAUUUCCUUGUGGUAGGAAUGAACUCUGACCUUUUGCGAAAGGACUGCUUCAAAGUAGGAAAUGCUUUCACCUUCAAGGAAGUUCGUGAUAUGGCAAAGUCAGAAGAGUCGGCUGACAAACAGCUUCAGCUAAUGAAUACCCAAAUAUACUCGAUCAAUGUUCCUAAAGGAUAUCAAGGCCAAGGAAACCAACUACCAACUCCUUAUACUGGCUGA